AUGCCUUCCACUCUCAAUUUCCAGUCCGAGACAUCUACUGUUCUAGGUGACCAAGAGCGUUCUCUUGUAACUUUGGAGCACUAUGGCCUGCAGCCACUCUCUGCAAAACAAAAGCUUACGCCUUUGGACAUGAAUAUGCCCAGGCUAUAUGAGAACCUAAAGAAGGGCUUAGCUCACACUGGCCCAGAAGAAGGACAGUAUGUCAAGGCCCGAAAGGUGCAAAUUCUCGACUCGCCCAAUGGAUUCAUGUUCCCGUGCAAGGAUCUCACCGAUACACUGCCUUCUUAUGCAGAAUUGCGUGAGAGAAACUUUCCCUUGGCAGAGUUCACUACAGCCCAGGUCGGCCCGAUUGAUGUCAUGCCACAGGGACCAGACCAGCCUGUCUUUGCAGCUCGGGCUAACUUUGUCGAAGGUGGCCUUCUGCUAACGGUAGGAGUUCAUCACUCGGCAUGUGACGCGUCGGCCUUGGACGCUAUCCUGAGCACAUGGUCACACAAUACUGCCGUAGCUAGUGGUGGUUCCGGAUCCUUUUCCGCGUUUGAUGUGCCAUCUAACGAUCGCGGCCCCUUGAUGGAAGGAGAUCUCGGCAACAUCGAAAUGGCUGCUUUUCCUGAGUACGUUCUGAUGCCUACUCCUGACUCUGCGGAGAGUGAUCUGUCAAGCAUGUCUGAAUUCAAGCUGCCUCCCCUCUCGAGUCACCUUUUCCACUUCUCGUCAGAGUCUCUGACGAAGCUCAAAGAAGAGGUAGGGGCAUUCUCUUCUCAUGAUGCUCUCUGUGCUUUUACAUGGCAGCGCAUGACCUUGGCACGAAUGCAGUCCGGGGUCUUCAUUGAUCCUCCUGGAAGGGGCUCAACAUCGCGCUUCUGCUUUGCUGUUAAUAUUCGCAGCCGAAUGAGCCCCCCACUGCCACCUUCUUAUAUGGGCAAUGCUUCCAUGGGCUGUGUUACUGAGAAGAUCAGUGUGGCUACCAUUAUAUCGAACAAUGGGUUGAAGCACGCUUCGGCCACGAUGCGAAGGUCUUUGAACGAUUUCAACAGCCCCAGACGAGUUGCUUCAACUAUUGGGCUUUUAAAAUCGCGACCAGACCCUACCGACUUCAAGCUGUCCUUCAAUGGUUUCUUAGGACCAGACGUUGUUGAGUCUUCAUGGGCAGACCUUGGUGUUUAUGGGCACCGAUGGGGUAAUGCUGUUGGCACACUGGACGCAGUUCGUAUACCAGGUGAAGGCUCAGAUGGUACCAUGAUGAUAUUGCCCAGAUUGAAGGAUGGCGGUUUGGAUGUUGUUGUUGGGUUGUCAAAAGCAGCAAUGGAUAAGCUUCUCAAGGAUGAGGAGUUCGCUUCGUUUGCAGACUCCUGA